AUGACUACCAAACCUGCAGAACUGGUUCUCCUCUCUUUCUAUGUCUUUUUUCUUGUUGUCGCGUUAUCGUUUGCUUUCUUGGCUUGCUGGCGGAUUAAUACCUACUCCUUCUCAGCCGAUCUCGCUCAAAACUAUCCAGUUUCCUUUGACGGAUUGCCAGAAUACAGAAUUAAUUAUGGCAAUCCUAACAGCAACACCUAUUUAUCAUUCAUUGCUAGGAAUCGGGUCCGAUUCCAGAAGAACAGGGCUCAAGAACAACUCGAGUCAAUCAUUGAACGAAGCAUGUCAAUCAGCGCCGAACAGUUCAGUGAUCGCACUCAAUCAACCCUUUCAGGCGAUCCGAUAUCUUCGAAAGAUUCCAUGAAGUCCCCUGAGAUUUCAAUUAUCUACACGAUGUGGCCUGAUUCAACUCCCAAAAAGUCUUCAAGUCAUGCUUAUAACGAAACAUUUGGACAUCGAUCAAGUAGCUUUGCCAUCAGUCAUCUUUCAAAUGAUACUGUCUCAUCCCUCCAAUCCAGCAAAACGUUCGCGGGCUCCGGGAUGGAUUUUUCUCCUCUGCGUCCGAGGGAUUGGUCAGAAGCGCACGUCAAGAAGGAUUUUAUUUCCAACGCGUUCCGCCAAUCCAUCCUGAUCCUAUGCAGCCGUCUAUUCUCGAAGUUUAUCCGGCUGGAUACCGCGGGCAAGUUGAAGCAACCAAUCGGCCCAGGUCUUCAUUUAUGUGUUUAG